AUGGCCUGCCGGGAGUUGGAGUUCCACUCCCGCGUACAAAAGCCAGCCAGAGGCCAAAAGCCGAGGAGGGAAAAGAACAAAAGGGUGAAGAAAGCUAGAAUUAGCCCCUGCUUGACAGCACAGGCUGGAGAGGGAAGCGGCAGCCGCCCACUCCCCAGGGGAGACUCGGAGGCCGCGCUGGAACUUUCAGCCCCGCCCACGCACUACAUCUCCCAGCAGUGCCUGCGGCCGCGCGGCUCCGUGCGGAAUACAACUCCCGAGAGGGCCCGCGCCGCCCGGGCGACUCGGGAGUGCGUCUGCUACAGGGGCUCCCGGCGGCCUCCCGCACCGAAGGGACCCUGGGCGUCUGAGGCCCUGAUCCGGGCGGGCCUUCAGGAUGUUAGUAGUCCCUGUUCGGUUGAAGGUAGGAAGCCGAAAACCCGAGUGGGGGACGAACAGACUUACCUCCUGUCGCGCAAAAGAUCCACUAGAUCGUCGUCUCCAAAACCUGAGACCGCGAACGGAUCCCAGAGCCGCAGCCUUCUCUCAGACCUGGCGUUCAGAAAGAUUUUAGCACUGGCAGGUCCCAGAGGUCUUAGACCCGCAGGCCUGCGGGGCGGGGGCGGGGUGGCGCCCAGGACGGCUCUCUGGGCUCAGCUUGGCUGCCUGCCUCCUUCUCAAACAAUGAGUACCUACUAUGUGCAGAGGCAGCAGGACAGCCUGUCAUCACUGGGAAAGAGGCCAGAAGAGCCAUUUGGCCAGGGUCUCCAAUUUAGGCUUUCAACAUUAUCUCUAAGUAAGGUUAUACAUUAUGUUGGCUCCACUGGCUGAUGGGAUCAAGACCCUCCUUGUAUAUCCUUAAACCUGUACUCUAUUACCAGGCCACUGUGCCUGUGGAGCACUGUAAGUUCUUAUAUUUUAAUAAAUUUUAUAAUUAUCUUGUGAGCAGCACAGUUGUCAUAGUAUUUUUGUAUCAAAAACAUUAAUUUGUUAAACAUUUUAAAA